AUGACCAUCGAUUGCACUGAGUUCAUGGGCGCCGGAAUCGUCUACAUCCGUAACGAGUCGGGCAACAACAUGCAAACCUUUGUCUCUAAGCUAAGCCACGACUCCGGCAGCGACAAUUGGUUUGUCGUCUCCGCGUCCUUUGAGGACGACGCUCACGCUAAAUGGAACCGUUCGAACCACGGCUGGGAGGUGAUCGCCUUCAAGGAUGACCACAACAAACGUGUCGGGUUCUAUGUCGACCUUCAGAACGUGACGACGUAUGUGACGUUCCAUUCCUUCUCAAACGUGCAGAUCAAGCAGGUCCACAAAACCAAUAGCGGAUGUUGA